AAAAAAUACAGGAUAAAAAAUUAAAGAUAUUUUAAAAAAUAAAAAAGAAAGUGUACUUAUAAUAAAAAGGUGGUGUAUAUACCAUCAACCUUUACAACCCAUAUAUUGAGAGUGGCCCGUUUCGUGUUGAGAACAUGUUAUUUGGGCCUGAUUGAAUCUUUGGUGGAAAAAAAUUGAGGCCCACAUGUUGUGGGCGUGAGGCUGCUGUGCUGGGUGCUGAUUCCAUGAUUCCUAUGAUGUAGGUGAGCCAGAAAGAGAGGAGACUAGCGAGACAACCUCGGCGUGGUUGUGGUUGUGGUCGUGGUUGUGGUUGUGGCCUUACCUCAAACCAUCCAAAAACGGUUGUCUUCAAACGACGCCGUUGCUGCGGAUUCCUUCAACUUUGCUCUCACUCUAACUCACGCCGAUAGCAAACGCGUUUCAGUUUCAGCAUCUCCCCCGAUAUGCAUUUAGCACGAUGGCGAAACUUCUCGUCUUUGAAGAAUCACCUUAUUCCCUCUGUUACGCAUGUAUCCGCGUUUCAUUCCACUCCUUGCUCCUGUCACAAUUGGAAGAACAAAUUCAACUCCGAUGUAAAUAAAGGUCAACAACAAUCUAAGAAUCACAUAAAAUACAUUACACGUCAAAAACGUGCUGAUGCAAAGAAAGCUCUGAAUAGUCUUCUUUACAAUAGUGGAGCCUCUAAAUUUUCAUUUGAGGACAAGUAUGGAUUUCAAGGUAGGUAUUCCAAUAAAGGUCAACCAAAGUCUGGUCAGCGAUCUGAUGGAAAACCACAGAAGAAAACUAAACGAAAAAUCAGAAGAGAAGGUUUUUCUGAGGACUUUGAUGGCCAUCCUGAGCAAAUAUUCGAGGCAACAUUUGGUAACAGAUGUUAUACCUGGUCCUUUAACAAUUGGAGGGGUUCUUCUUCCGAACAUUCCACAUCUGGGUUUGAAUGGAGGGAACAUUCAAAUACAUCAAACAAGUGGAAAAAUGAAAGUGAUGUUGAGGAUGACGAUGAUGCUUCAUGUUGUGUAGGAUCAAGUUCUGAUAGAACUAUUCUUGGUCUGCCUCCAACAGGUCCAUUAAAGAUCGAAGAUGUUAAAAAUGCUUUCCGGUUAUCAGCUUUAAAAUGGCAUCCUGAUAAGCAUCAAGGCCCUUCCCAGGCAAUGGCUGAAGAAAAAUUCAAACUGUGUGCAAGUGCAUACAAAACAUUAUGCAAUGCUCUCUCCCCAUCUUAGGUGUCCGUUUGGUUUGGUGCAGUAUCCAAGUCGGUAAAGAUAUCCAUCGCAAUUGAUCAAUGUUGUACGAUUCAUUUUAUUCUUUUGUUAGCAUUUAAUUCAAAAUAAGGCCAAGUUUGCAACAUUGAAUGUUGUUCCAUUAGUGCUCACUGACUGGAAGAGGAGUUAACAAUUGUUCGGUCAGAGAAAGUAGUUUUCUAGAGAAAAAUUUAAUUCCCCCCAAACCAACACUCGGGAUGCUCCCUUUAUGAUCAUGAUUCUUUUUUAGACAAACCAAAUCAGCCAUCUUAUGCGAACUUGUUAACAGAAUGGAAUGCAAAUUGAUUUUAUUAUUUUCAAUGAAAUUGAAGUCGAUUA